AUGCCCCGUCACCAACACCAUCUCUUCCGCCGUCAACAACAGCAACCCCCCGCGACGACGCCCUCCGUCCGCGGCGACUCCCCCCAUCCGCGUCCCCCGCGCGCCCACCUCGGCCAUGCCUCCGCCCACCUGCAGUUCCAGACGCCUCCGUCUCAGGCAAUCCCCCAGCUCCAUCCGUCGUCCGGGCCCUUCGAGGCUUCAGACCGCGACCCCGUCUACCCCAAUGUCGCGGCGCAGGCGGCAGUCUUCUCCAUGUUUGGACGGGGCGUCCCUAAGGAGGAGGAGGAGAUGGGGGAGGACACGAUGAAUGGAUACCACAGGGACUUUGAUGUGGAUGUCGAGGGGAAUGUGGUCGAUGCGUCGGAAGAAGAGAUGGAAGGGAUGGUCGGGGACGAUAUAGAGGAAGAAGAGGAUUUUGUCGAGGAGGACGAGCCGAUGCAUGAUCGAGAAAAAUCACCCUCCCCCCUCCCAGCCAAUCUGCGCGAAAUCUCCUCCCUAGCAUCUUGGACGGUCUCAACACACAAACCCGGCUGCGGCGUAUCCGCACUGCGCAACCCCUCCCCCUCGCAAUACUGGCAGUCCGACGGGCCCCAACCCCACACCCUCACCCUACACUUCUUCAAGCUCGUCGCGGUGGUCAAAAUCCGCGUCUACCUCGACUUCGACAUGGACGAAAGCUACACACCCACAAAGAUGAACUUCCUAGCCGGCAUGGGCGGCAACGACCUCGUCGAGUUCGCAACCUGGGAAGGCGAAGGGCCCUGCGGCUGGGUCGACGUACCUCUCGAAGGCGUCGGUGGCCGCAGCGAAGGCUGGGUCCGGAAGAAGCGCCGACGUCGUCACCCAACAACCACCAAACCCCACAAAACAACAACAGACCACAACCGACGACACCGCGGCCCCACCUCCUCCAAAGCCUGGCCAGACUACAUAUUCUCCGACGCAGACAACCCCGUCGAAUACGACAUGGACGCCUACGAAGACGACGCGGACGAAACCGCCGACGAAGACGACGAAGACGACCCCUACGCAGGCAACGUCCUCAAAGCCAUGGUCCUACAGAUGCGCAUAAUGGAGAACCACCAGAACGGGAAAGACACGCACGUGCGUGGAUUUCAGGUCUUCGCCCGCGAUGACGACCGUCGGCGGAUGGGCAACGCCCCGUCUGCGUCUGCUGACGGCCGCGUGCGCAGGCAUAGUGCGCGCCGCUCGCUCAGAGGGAGUACCCAGGAUGAUGGGCUCGAUGGGCGGAGUGGUGGCGCUGAUGUUGAUCGGGGGAAGGUCUCUGGGUUGGAGGAGCCGGAGUGGAUGGGGGAGCCUGUUAUUCGGUAG